AACACAAAUAUCUUAGUACCUACUGUGUUGUGGUUUUAGUGCGUAAAUAGUGAUAAAAUGAAUAACAUCGACGAUUUCUCUUCGCAAGAAGUAGUUAUGCGUACCGAGGAAGGGAAAAGUCAACCUCCUAGACCACACUCUACAUCAAAAAUUCAGAAUUUCCUGAAAAAAUCCUUUAAAAUCAGAAAACGAAGACAAGUGACCACAUUAGUGACCAGUAAAGAACUCAAAGAAAACAUUUCCAGACCGGAAUCUGUGCAAAAAUUUGUGUUAGGUACGAAUUUCGAAUUUUCGCGGAGUUCUAUUAAAUCGUGCCCCUUUGAUAUUACUGGGUAUGGACAUUUUUUAUUAGUGGACGAGUUUUAUGUGAAAAAACCGAAUAAGAUGCUUUUGACGGUGUUCUUGUUUGAGAAAAUUAUGAUUUUUACACAGAAAGCUCCUGACGAAGAAUGUUAUUUUUAUAUGGGCAGUUUAAAUAUGGAGCAUGUGGCAUUAUUACCGCCAAAUAAAAACCAAAAAGUGUUGGAACUUAAAGACUUUUCUACUAGCAGCAGGUUUCACAAGGACGUCAUUUUAAGCUUUAAAGCUUCCUCCGAGCAAGUGCAGCUUAAAUGGAAAAAUACUAUAGAGAAGUGUUUGUGGAAUCAGUUGCUUAGAGCGAAAAAUGCUCAAAAUGGAAGAGAAUUAGAAAUAUUAUGAUAUUAAUUAUAAGUUAUUUAUAACGCUCGAUAAAGUAAUUCAUUUAUUAUUUAAGUCUGAAGUGUUUAAUGCAAAACCAGCUUUGAUAAGUGUUAAUAUUUGAGUGAUUUGUUAUAUAUAUUUUAAUAAAAUAACACUUGAAUAUUGA